AAAAUAUCUUUGAACAUGAAAGACCAUAGACAAAAAGUAGCUUAUCAACUACCUUAUCAAUUCUGAGACUUCUCCCUCCAUUUUUAACCAAUUGCUGUCUCUCUUCUUUCUCUUUCUAAAAUGGCCAUGGCUUGCUUCUCUAACCUCUCCACACACCUAUGCUCUCUCCAAACCCAUUCUCAGAGAAACUUCUACGACUUCAGCCACUCCUCACUACCAAGCUACACCAUCACAAGCCUCAAAUUUUGCUCUGCGCCCAUUUUCACGCCACCCCAUUUGCUCCAUUCUCCGGCCACUGCCGUUUUUUCUUCAGGAAACGGCGGCGGAUUCUCAGGGAGUGGCGGUGGUGGCGGUGAUGAUAGUGGUGGUGGUGGUGAUGGGGAAGAGGAAGAAAGGGACCGCAACAGGGAAGAGGCCAUGCUGGUGCUGGCGGAGGCUGGCAAGUCGCUGGAGAAUUUUCCGGCUGAUUUGGCGGCGGCCGUUACGGCGGGGCGGGUGCCGGGUUUGAUAGUGCGGAGGUACUUCCAGUUGGAGGAGUCGGCUGUGUUCCGGUGGCUGAUGAAAUUCGGAGGGUUUAAGGAAAGGUUGUUGGGUGAUGAUUUGUUCUUAACCAAGCUUAUUAUGGAGUGUACUGUUGUAAUCUUCACAAAGGCAGCUGCAGAAUUGGAGCGGCGUAAAGAAAAAUUCACUAAGGAGCUGGACUUUGUUGUUGCUAAUGUGGUAACAGGAAUUGUCACAGGUUUUGUGCUUGUGUGGUUUCCUGCUCCUAUUCUUUCUCUAAAACCACCUCUUGCAGUUAGCGCUGGACCUAUCGCGAAACUCUUCUAUGGUUGUCCUGAAAAUGCUUUUCAGGUAGCUUUAGCUGGAACAUCAUAUACAAUUCUACAAAGAAUAGGUGCAAUAGUGCGUAAUGGGGCAAAGCUAUUUGUAGUUGGCACCGGUGCUUCACUGGUUGGUAUAGGUAUAACAAAUGCAUUGAUCAAUGCCCAGAAGGUUGUUAAUAAAACAUUGGCAGUUGAGGUUGAGAAUUUACCAGUAAUAUCAACCAGCGUAGCAUACGGAGUUUACAUGGUGGUAGUUAGCAACCUCAGGUACCAAGUACUUGCAGGAAUUAUUGAGCAGAGAAUUUUAGAACCAUGGCUACACCAUAACAAGCUUAUACUAACGGGAGCAUACUUUGUUGUUAGAACUGCCAAUACUUACUGGGGCUCACUUCUGUGGGUGGAUUUUGCUCGAUGGGUUGGAGUCCAGAAGAUAAAGGAUUAACCAUUGUUUUGCAUGACAGGAUAUAGUCAUGAGUUCGAUUGGUCUAAGAUUGGAUAUAGAUUGGUUCAUUGAUGCUUGAUAGAACUCCAAACGGUUAGUGCUUAAAUUUUUUCCCUUGUAUUAUUCUUUUCAUCCUCCCUUGUGUAAGCAGAAUUGUACAUUUAUCAGUGACAAUGUUCAUUUUUUGUACAUAUACUAAUUCUUAUUGCUACUUU